AUGGAGUCCGCAGAACACACUAGUCAGGCUAAUCUCGCUAAGAAAGAGGAGAAGUCUUUGACCGGCGAUAUUUUCCCUGAGCAGGAAAAGGUAGUCGUCCAAACUGCACCGGCUGAGCUCAACGCCGAGCACGCAGGCCAGCCCACCACACCUGAGGGAACCGAACACCCAAAAGGUCCCACACUGGCUUUGAUUACACUGGCAUUGUGCUUAGGCGUAUUCUUGGUGGCUCUUGACAACAGCAUCAUUGCCACAGCGAUUCCGAAGAUUACCAGCCAAUUCCACAGCCUUGAUGAUGUUGGAUGGUAUGGAAGUGCAUACCUCCUUACUACGGCUUCCCUUCAGCUACUUUUCGGGAAGUUUUACACUUUCUUCAACAUCAAAUGGACCUUCCUCGUCGCCAUUGGCUUGUUCGAGCUGGGGAGUCUGAUCUGCGGCGUGGCUAACAGCAGUCUGACGCUUAUCAUGGGCCGUGCCAUUGCUGGAAUUGGGUCUGCUGGAAUUUUCUCAGGCUCGCUCAUCAUGGUGGCUCACUCAGUGGCCUUGGAAAAACGCCCAUUAUACAAUGGCCUUAUCAGUAGCAUGUUCGGCAUUUCGUCCGUGGCUGGACCUCUGCUUGGUGGGGCUUUCACCGACAAAGCGACAUGGCGGUGGUGUUUUUACAUCAAUCUUCCCAUCGGAGCUGUCACUAUCUUGGUAAUUGCAAUCUUUUUCCCUGCCCCCAAUCACCAUAUCAAAGAAACGACAUGGGCGGAGCGCAUUAAAAAAUUUGACCCGGUGGGUUCAGCUCUUUUCCUCCCUGCCAUUGUCUGCUUGUUGCUAGCUCUGCAGUGGGGUGGCACCAUCUAUGCCUGGAAUAGCUGGCGCGUCAUUCUGCUGUUUUGCCUUUUUGCUGUUCUGAUUCUCUUGUUUUUGCUUGUCCAGUACAGACAGCAAGACAACGCUACGGUGCCACCACGCAUUUUCUUCCAGCGCACUAUUUGCUCCGCUGCCCUUUACAGUUUCUGCCUCGGCGCUGCCUUCCUAUCUUCUGUGUACUUCUUACCCAUCUGGUUCCAAGCCAUAAAAAAUGCCAGUCCCGUGAGCUCAGGGAUCAUGAAUCUGCCGAUGCUGAUUUCUGUUGUGGUUGCUUCUGUUGUAUCGGGAUUCAUCAUCACCCUCAUCGGUUACUACACACCCUUCAUGAUUUUCGGUUCAGUCCUUCUCGCUAUCGGCUACGGUCUCAUGAGCAUGUUCCACGUGGACACAUCCAAAGGCGUUUGGGUCGGCUAUCAGAUACUUGCUGGCGUUGGCGUUGGUGCUGGUAUGCAGCAAUCUAUGAUUGCUGCCCAAGUUGUUCUUGAUAUUUCUGAUAUACCCAGCGGCACAUCUAUCAUCGUCUUCACCCAGACUCUUGGCGGUGCGCUUUUUAUUUCUAUUGGAAACAAUGUUUUCAGAAACAAGCUGGUUGAGUAUCUCGCAAAGAACCUCCCCAACCUGGAUCCAGCUUUGAUUCUCAACACCGGUGUCACUGGCCUCCGCAGUGUUGUCGACAAGACUGACCUACCCGCAGUCCUCCUUGCUUACAAUGACGCACUUACUCAAACUUUCAUUGUCAGUGCAGCUGUGGCCUCUGUCAGCAUGAUCGGUGCUUUGGGUGUGGAGUGGAAGAGUGUCAAGGGCAAGGAUCUUGCCCCGGGAGGAGCCGCAUGA